AUGGCGAUGAAAAAAGCAAACAAGCUAACUCAAAAGGCGAUGAUCAAGCAAAUCUUGAAGAGAUGUUCGAGCUUAGGAAAGAAACAGAGUAAUGUAUACAGCGAAGACGAAAAUGGACAUCCUUAUGACGUGCCUAAAGGUCAUUUCGUCGUCUACGUUGGAGAGAAUCGGGUUAGGUACGUUGUACCCAUUUCGUUUUUGACCCGACCCGAGUUUCAGGUUCUUCUACAACAAGCAGAGGAAGAGUUUGGUUUUGAUCAUGACAUGGGUCUUACCAUCCCUUGUGAAGAAGUUGUCUUUCGAUCUCUCACUUCUAUGCUCCGAUGA